AUGGAGCUAUGGUGUGUGAGGAGGAGCAGCAGCAAGCGACUCCUCAGAGAAGGAGGAGGAGCAGCAGCAAGCGACUCCUCAGAGAAGGAGGAGGAGCAGCAGCAAGAGACUCCUCAGAGAAGGAGGAGGAGGAGCAGCAAGCGACUCCUCAGAGAAGGAGGAGGAGCAGCAAGCGACUCCUCAGAGGAGGAGGAGGAGCAGCAAGCGACUCCUCAGAGAAGGAGGAGGAGGAGCAGCAAGCGACUCCUCAGAGAAGGAGGAGGAGGAGCAGCAAGCGACUCCUCAGAGAAGGAGGAGGAGGAGCAGCAAGCGACUCCUCAGAGGAGGAGGAGGAGGAGCAGCAAGCGACUCCUCAGAGAAGGAGGAGGAGCAGCAAGCGACUCCUCAGAGAAGGAGGAGGAGGAGCAAGCAACUCCUCAGAGAAGGAGGAGGAGGAGCAGCAAGCGACUCCUCAGAGAAGGAGGAGGAGGAGCAGCAAGCGACUCCUCAGAGAAGGAGGAGGAGGAGGAGCAAGCAACUCCUCAGAGAAGGAGGAGGAGGAGCAGCAAGCAACCCCUCAGAGGAGGAGGAGGAGCAGCAGCAAGCGACUCCUCAGAGAAGGAGGAGGAGGAGGAGGAGCAGCAGUGA